UCUUGGAGUUUUUCUCUUCCUCUCAGUUUUCUUCUUUUUUUUUGGGGUUCAUUAUUCUCCCCAAUAUGACGGCAUACAGCAAAUACAUCAACAAAGCUCUUCAGGGGAGAACAUGCCAUGACCUCAUACAUCCCUGGACGAGGAGUUGUCGACAAUCCUUCCUGGAUUACAUGGGUAAUUGGUCUUGUGAUGGAUUCAAAUUCUUCUUUCCAGCAAUCAUGAUCUCUCUGGUGAUGAAGACUAAGGAUAACUACACUAGGGCAAUCCUGAAAGGACUCUACGAUAUUACCAUGUGCACAGUAAUCGGACACAUUUCCUUUGCACUCGCCAUGUCGUGGUCGUGCAUUUUUUGCAAUGUCCUGAAAGGAUGCUACUACUCAACCACAGUGCUCAUUCCAACAUUCUUGGGUGCACAAACUGUGAAUUUAUUGCCACACAAUGCUAUCGUAGGUCACGCCAAUCCUUUCGCUUGCAUGUUCUUUGAAAUCUUCAUCAAAUUCAUUGAUGUUGAAUGCAUGAGGACAAUGCGAAAGUCCCGAUGGUGGGGAACUUUCUGGUUUAUGCUCAGCAGUGCUGGACUUAUGCACUUGCUGGCUAAGCAACGGAAAACCGGAGUAUUCUGGUUCAUUGUCCCUCCAAAGAAGAACAAAACAGCAAAUCUCGAGACAACAAAUGAGGAAGAUGUUCGCAAAAUUGUCAAUGUUUGCACUCAUAGUGGUGGCUGUGCUAGCUUCGUCCUCCAAGGGGUACGUACCUACGCAAACUAUGGCCUAAUGCUUGAGCUUCUGAGGAAUAUUGUGGGGAAUUUCGGAAAGAUUAAAGCUAAACCUGGAAAUUUCCUUGAGCUUGCAACUAGAAGGAUUAACUACAACUUGGUGACAUUCCUAAUGGCCUACGUGGGGUGCUAUCGUCUUACCCAUUGCCUCUUCAACAACUUCACAAACGGAAUUACGUCGGAUUUUGUAAAUAUCGCGACUGGAUUUACAGCAGGAUUGGCCUAUGCAAUCUGGCCAAAUUACAAUCUCUUCACAACGUGCAUUGUGACGAUGCUUCAGGUCUACUGGCAGUAUCUCCUCAACCAGGAGAACUGCCCAAAGGCAGUUAAGGAAAUCAAUAGGCUACCACUCGGUGGUCUCGUGUACGGUGUUUGCAUGGCAGUUGCUGUUCAGGUGAUGGUAUUCUAUCCAGACAAAACAGCCCGUUUAUCCUAUUCAGCCAUAAAGGCCAACAGCAGUGGAGCCGUAGAUGGACUGAAAUUUAUCCUCACGAGACCUCUUUUCGAUCAUAAACAAUAA